AUGAGUGUGCGGAAGGCACACAAUUCAGGCCGUAAUCAUUUACGAAAUGUCGUCGAAUAUUACCAAGAAAUCGGUCAUGAGAAAGCACAGUCUGUCAUCGAUUCUAUCACAAAUUCGUAUGCGGCCGAAGGCCAGGCAAGCUCGAAUCCCAUGCUUCAACAACCAGGCGCACCGGGAGCAUAUCCGCCACCACCAUUUGGCUUCCCUGGUCGGCCGGGAAUGCCCCCACACCCACCGUUCGGUAUGCCCGGCGCACCUCCUGGAGCACCACCUGGAGGGAUGAUUACACCCCCAGGAGGUCGUGGCAUGCCACCUUUCCCCCCACCACCCCCCUUCGCCCCAAACGCCGCAGGUCCAUCUGGCGGAGCCCCAAUGCCCGGCGACCUCCCACCCAUCGCACUCCCCAACAUGCCACCAGGCAGCAUCCCAUUCCCCCCACCAGGAGGCUUCCCCCCUAACUUCCAAUUCCCCCCACCGGGCGCAGCGGGCUUUCCUCCACCGCCCAUCCCAGGCCAAGGCCCAGGGCAAAAUCCAAGUCCUGGUCCAGGGGCGGCGGGUGCACCCCCAGUACCACCAUCUGGUUUUCCUAUGUCUGGUGCCCCACCUCCUCCUGGGCAGUCUCAGUCUCCAGGGUUGGUCCCGCCGCCGGGCGCGCCCGCCAAAAGUCAGUAUCGCCGCCGGCCAUAG